UUUAGGGAGAUGAACAGCUGGGGGUGUUAAUGUGUUCCGCUUAAUGGAAUGGGCUUCUGCUGCUCAUCUUUAUGAUCUUUUGUCAUUUUUCUGCUUCUGCUUUGAAGCUUGACUGUACAAUUCAGAGUCUUAAUGUCAAGCUUUACUGCUUUGUCCUUUUCCCUCAUGUGAUUUGGAAUCCUUCUUUGUGUUUCAUCAGGUCAGGUUUUUGGAUAAAUUGAAAGGCAGAUCAAGAAUACUGCCUUUUCUUUUCUGAAACAUUUUGCUUGUGAUUGCCAGCUUCUCUUCCUGCUCCAUGGAGAUCUCCUGCACAUUUUGUCUUGUUUGCUGUGUAGAAAAGCCUCCUGGUUCCUAGUAGUGGAUGGUGGUUUACUUCUCGGUCAUGUAGUUCCCAUCUUCUUUUACUUCUCUCUGGAGAUCUGCUUUUGCAUCAACAGCAUCUUGUGAUCUUCUUUACCACAUGCAUGUCUGCUUCUCAGGUUGCUGGGAUACUAAACAUUUGCUUCUUUUUUGUUCUUUUGGGGGAGUUUAUUUUCCGGUAACAAUUUAGUUUCUUCAGCAUGAUUUCAUCAUGUUUCAGACUGUCAAUUUCUGUGUCGCGUUUUUCCCCCUCUUCAAGUUUGCAUUCUUCUUUCCGCUUACGUAGGCAUCUUCUCUCACUUGCUUUAGCAAAACACACAUGAACGUUCCAACAUAAUCUUCUGCUACCACAUCUACUUUCAAGAGAAUAAUUUGCUAACCAAAUUAUUUUCCUCUCACAGUUCAGUCUGGACAAGGGUGUUACUGCUGGCAAAAUUUUCUGCAUUAAUCUAGAGCUGUCAGCUUUCGAUAAGGUGAAGAGAAGGAUUCCAAAGAGGUUGAAGUCAUCUCCACUUGCUCACUGAAGAAUCCUAUGAGUUUCGACAACAACCAUCUGCUUCCAUUCUGUCAAUAUGGUUAUGAUUCGGUUCUGAAGAAUUCAUAGAAAACCUUCAAGAUGGGAUGUUCUGCUUCGAGGUUGGAAGAUGAAGAAGCCGUCCAGAUGUGCAAGGAUAGACGAAAUUUCAUAAAACAGGCGAUCGAGCAGAGGAUCCGCUUUGCCUCCGGGCACAUCGCUUAUAUUCAGUCUCUAAAGCGCAUCUCCCGCGCGCUAUCUGAUUUUGUUGACGGACAGGAACACUAUGAUUCAUUUUCAGAUUCAUUCACGACACCGCCAUUCACGCCUGUGAAGAAAUUAAGCCCGGAAAUCAUUGGUAUUCCCUUCAAGUCCUCUGCAUCAGCACUAAACCAGCCUGAGAAAAUCAUCGGGGUUCCAUUUAGGUCCUCAGCAUCGGCACAGGCACAAAACCGGUCUAGGGAAAGCACUUUACAUAUUGCAAGAUACUUGAGAUCAGGAGGAAGUACUUCGGUAUCUGUUGAAGAGUGUCCUCAGCCAACAGAAACAGUGAGAAUUAACUCUUAUUACCCUAUGGAUCAUUAUGGAAGUGAUGACUUUUUUGCCACACAGUCCACACCAUUAAACUCUUCAUUCUUUUCUUCAACUUAUGAUAGGCCAAGCUACCCGCCGGCGUCACCUCGAAAUUCACAGUGGGACUCAUUUUGGAAUCCUUUCUCUUCGCUGGAUACAUAUGGAUAUGCAUACCAGGGCAGUUUUGAUCAGGUGAUUAAUGAUGAUGAUAUAGCAGGAUUAAGGCAGGUUAGAGAAGAAGAAGGAAUUCCAGAAUUGGAAGAAGAAGGAACGAGAGGGGAAGAAGAGUGUGUGCAACCAGAAAUCCAGAAUGAAAGACAUGAAGUCGAUUCGGGACAUACUAGAAUAAAGGAUGCAGGUGAAAAUUCUUCAGGAACCAAAAAUAAAAAUCGUAAAAAGCGUGAGGUGAAGGAACAUCAAUCUAAGAAUUUGGAGACCAUUGAAGUCUCAGAAACAAAAGAUGCCAUAGAAAUUAAAAUAACUAAAGAGAAGGAGGUGGUAGGAAAGAGAGAGUCUGCAGAAGAAACCCCUGGAUUUACCGUUUAUCUAAACCGAAGACCAACAAGUAUGACAGAAAUCAUGAAAGACAUUGAGUGCCAAUUUAUACGGAUUUGUGACUGUGCUCAUGAGGUUUCAGUAUUGUUGGAAGCAAGCCGAGCCCAGUACUCAUCAACUUCUAGUGAAAUUGCUGUUAAAAUGAUGAACCCAAUUGUUUUAUUCCGGUCUGCAUCAUCACGCUCGUCGUCUUCUAGGUUCUUUCAUGCUGCUCCCAGUUCAGGAUAUGAUGGUUAUGAAAGCAGCAGUGACUAUUCCCAGGAAUCCUGCAUGAUAUCAGGGAGCCACCAAUCAACAUUGGAUAGGUUAUAUGAAUGGGAGAAGAAAUUAUAUGAGGAGGUUAAGGCUGGAGAGCGGAUAAGAAUUGCAUUUGAGAAGAAAUACAUGCAACUGAGGAACCAAGAUGUGCAUGGUGAAGAGCCUUCUGCUGUUGAAAAAACAAGAGCAGUCGUAAGAGAUCUGCAUACCCGAUUAAAAGUUUCUAUACAUUCAGUUGAGUCAGUGUCAAAAAGAAUAGAAACUUUGCGGGAUGAGGAAUUGCAUCCGCAGCUGAUCGAGCUACUACAAGGGUUAGCGAAGAUGUGGAGGACGACCGCGGACUGUCACCGGAUCCAGAAGCGCACGAUAGACGAGGCCAAGCUCCUGAUCCUCGCGUCCGCCGCCGCCGCCGGGAAGGGCUCGGAGGACGCGGCGCCGCAGCCACGGCAUCCCCGGGCGGCCGCGGCGCUCGAGGCGGAGCUCCGGAACUGGCGGGCGUGCCUCGAGGCGUGGGUCGCGGCCCAGCGGGCCUACGCCCGCGCCCUGGCCGGGUGGGCACUCCGCUGCGGUGACCCCGGGGGCGGCGGCGCGCGGUCCCCGCUCUCCCCGCCGCGGCCCUCGGGUGGCGCGCCGGCUGUGCUGGGCCUGUGCGUGCAGUGGUCGCGGCUGCUGGAGUCGGUGGGGGAGGCGCAGGUGGUGGACGGCCUGGACUUCUUCGCGGCCGGGAUCGGGUCGGUGAGCGGGAGGGCGGCGGCCGAGGAGGAGGGGGAUGGAGACGACGCCGCGGCGGCAGCGGCGAUGGCGACGGCGGAGAUGGCCAGGAGGGUGCUGUGUGCAGGGAUGUCGGUGGCCGUCAGCUCGCUGGCCGACUUCGCCGCGAGGUCGGCGGAGGGGUACGAAGUCCUGGUGCGGUGGGGCGGCGAUCGAAGGGCAGAAUCGUAAUUUUGUGGUAGUGCAGGUAGUGUUGUAAUUAACUAGCAAAACCGGUGGUCAAAGAAAUCUAUUUGUUAUUUCUGUUCGUCUUAAAUCGGAAAACAGCUGUGGCUUUGAGAUCUGUGAACUCUUAGAUCGGACCUCUCUGGUUUAUCUUCUUUUCUGGGAAAUUAGUCUGCCAUUUUGAUGUCUGUAUAUAAGAAAGAAGCCUUUCGUUCAA